AAAGUUGACAAGAACGGAGAUACUCCCGACGCUACGAAGCAAACAAGGAAGGAGGUAGACCACCGAGCGAGGUCGGUGAUACUGUCGGUAUGAUGAAGAAGACGAGGACGGAAAUAUCGUCGAGGCGUUGCAGUCGACGAGGACAAGGCUAGAGCGAGACGAGAGAAGGCUAAAGGGCGAGGAGGGAGGCAAGGGGGUGGAAUGGCCGCGUCUGGCUAGCUCUAGACACCACUCCCCACUUGGUCUGGCCGCUCUCUCCUUUGGCGUCCUCUCUUUCUCUCUCUCCUCUUUCAGUGUUCGUUCGAACGUGGCCCGGUACGGUUCUGUCGCCCCGUGGUGUCGAAGGGUCCGCUUCGUGAUGGGAGCUUACUGCCGCGGUGAUAUCGGCGGGUUCCCUCGGUAGCCGGUUCCCAACCCGAUGGGUUACUUCCCUCAGGGUGACUCGCGCGAUUCUAACUUAUCUCUCCGGUGAGAGUAGGUGUGUGUCUCCAUGCGUGUAUGUGUGCGUGAAGAGAAGGGUUAACAGGGCGGGAGUGCGUAAGUGCGGCAGGAAAAAGGACAGUGAAAGAUAGACAUAAAAACGUCCAAGAUUACUUGACGAGCGAGCGAUGUCGAGAGGACCUUGAUUGGAAGACAAGGCUAAUCAGUUAGGAAGCAGUUAGCUCGGGCUAAUUCGAUAUCGCAAUCUGGUGAAAUAGUUGUUGUUCGUUCGGGGAGAAGAGCUCCAAAAUAUCGCCCCCUUCUCUUCGACAGAAACGAGCGUAUCUUUCAACGAGUUUUCGCGUAGGUGAUUAAAUUUUAAUUUGCUAGUCAAUGUUAGUAUAAUAAGAAGCAGUAUUUAUAAAGGAAAAGUGGUGAAGGAAAGAAGAUAGAGAACGGCCGAUCGCCAAGUUUGGUAAUUUUCCCCGAGACUCGAAGGCAGAAGCACGCUCUUCGCUUUAUCUUCUUCCUUAAGAGGGAGGCAAGCUCUCGGAAUUCUCGUUCUACGGGAUCAGGAACGAGUCGAGCGAGUUAAGACAGUUGUAAGAAGAUUACUCAUGUCGUUCUGAAUGAAGAGCGAGGUUUCUAGUGAAGAUUUAUCCUUGCAGAGACGACAAAUAGAUUAUUAGGAGGCCGCGCCCCAAAUUCCAGUAGUUUUCGAGAUACAACGCGAACAAUAUGUCUGGGAACUACUCGGUACGUUGCGAGCCGGGCCUAGUGCUACCGCUCUGGCGUCCAGAGGAUAACCUGCACCUAAUCGACAUCAUCUUUCGGGGCCUGGUGUACUUCUUCCUGUUAUUGUACCUGUUUAUCGGCGUGUCGAUCAUCAGCGACCGCUUUAUGGCGGCUAUCGAAGUGAUUACGUCCCAGGAAAAAGAGCUGGUGGUGCGUCGCCAGGGCAAGGAGCAAAUUGUCGUGGUGCGAGUGUGGAACGAGACAGUGGCCAAUCUCACCCUGAUGGCGCUUGGCAGCAGCGCUCCUGAGAUCCUGCUGUCCAUUAUCGAAAUUUGGGCGAAGAACUUCCAGGCUGGUGAGCUAGGCCCGGGUACGAUCGUGGGUUCCGCCGCUUACAAUCUCUUCGUCAUCAUUGCUCUGUGUGUGUUCGUGAUACCCAACGGCGAGACCCGAAAAAUAAAACAUUUGCGUGUAUUUUUCGUUACCGCCACUUGGAGCAUCUUCGCUUACGUGUGGCUUUAUGUCAUCCUCGCGGUCUCCAGUCCGGGUGUGCUGGAGGUCUGGGAGGGUAUAUUGACCUUCUCCUUUUUCCCGGCUACGGUGCUGACGGCUUAUGUCGCUGAUCGACGAUUAUUGCUGUACAAAUAUCUGCGCAAAGGCUAUCGGAUGAACAAGCGAGGUGUGAUCGUGCAGGCGGAGGCCGGGGAUUCCGAGGUGGGGGUGGAGCUGGAAAUCAAGCCUCAGCAAGAUGGUCUCCACGGCAUGGUGGACCGCCUCGCCGACGCUGACACUCCCGAAGCGAGGGAAUUCGAGCAAACCCGGCGAGAUUACAUCAACACUUUGAAGGAAUUACGCAGAAGGUACCCGAUUCUACCAUUGGAGCAAUUGGAGGUCAUGGCUCAUGAGGAGGUGCUGGGUAAGGGCCCCAAGAGCAGGGCCUUCUAUAGGGUGCAAGCUACGAGAAAGAUGGUGGGCGCCGGCAAUCUCAGUAGGAAGAUCAGCGAAAGAGCACAGAGCGACCUCAGCGAAGUCAAGGCCGAGUUACAGAAAGCGGAAGCCGAGAGCAUCGACAUUGAACACGUCAACGCUAUGAGGGUGUUCUUCGAACCCGGCCAUUACACCGUGAUGGAGAACGUCGGGACUUUUGAGGUGGGGGUUACUAGGAUUGGUGGUGAUCUCAGUAAACCCUGCCGUGUAGAUUAUUGCACGGAGGAUGGCUCUGCCGAGGCGGGAUCUGAUUAUGUGAGCGCUAAAGGCACCUUGCUUUUCGGGCCUGGCGAAACCAAGAGGAGUAUCCAACUUUCGGUUAUCGACGAUGAACUGUUUGAAGAGGACGAGUAUUUCUACGUCAAGCUUAGCAACGUAUCAAAACCAGCAAUGCUUGUCUCGCCAAGUCUAGCAACCGUGAUGAUCCUGGAUGACGAUCACAGCGGCAUUUUUGGCUUCCCCGAGAGAGACGUGGAAUUAGUGGAAAGCGUGGGCCAUUACCCCCUGCGAGUCGUACGUUACAGCGGGGCCCGAGGCCGUGUCAUCAUCCCUUAUCGCACUGUCGAGGGUACCGCAAAACCUGGCAAGCAAUAUGUUCAUACCGAAGGCAGUCUAACUUUUGAGGACAAUCAGACAGAGAAGAUCCUCGGCUUGGAGAUCAUCGAGGAGGAUUCGUACGAGAAGGAUGCUCUCUUCUACGUCGAACUGGGCGAGCCGUUGCUACAAGGAGCAGCAAGACGCGAUUUUCUGAUUUCAGCGGAGGCAGGACUCGCGGUGGCGGCAGAGAUGAAGAAACCCGAAGAGAGAACGGACGAGGAGAAAAUGGCGUUGCUGGGUAAACCGCGGCUGGGCGAGGUGUUUCGAGCUCAGAUCAGGAUCAAGGAAUCGAAGGAAUUCAAAAAUACUGUGGAUAAACUCGUCCAGCGAGCGAAUGCCUCCAUAAUACUCGGCACAAGCUCUUGGAAGGAACAAUUUACGGAAGCACUAACCGUCAGCGGGGGCGAUGAGGAGGACACGGAAGGUGGUCAACCCUCUUCACCAUCAGCAAUGGAUUAUCUCAUGCAUUCGCUCACCAUCUUCUGGAAAGUCCUCUUUGCCUUUGUUCCGCCCACUGAUAUCGCCGGUGGUUAUCUAUGCUUUAUCGUCAGCAUCCUGGGAAUAGGUGUCGUGACGGCAGUAAUCGGCGACGUCGCCUCGUACUUCGGCUGCACCUUGGGCAUCAAAGAUUCUGUUACCGCGGUAGUCUUCGUCGCUCUUGGCACCAGCAUUCCCGACACUUUUGCGAGCAAAGUAGCCGCUUGCCAGGACAAGUAUGCCGACGCGUGUGUGGGCAACGUGACCGGAAGUAACGCGGUAAACGUCUUCCUGGGGAUCGGCGUCGCGUGGAGUAUCGCCGCCAUUUAUCGUGCUUGUCACAACGAGCCGUUCCUCGUCGAACCCGGCAACUUGGCCUUCUCCGUCACCCUGUUCUGCAGCGAAGCCUGCGUGGUGAUCCUGGUGUUGUUGGUGAGGCGAGUGAAGUCAAUCGGCGGCGAACUAGGUGGACCUUUCGUACCGAAGGUCAUUACGUCCGUGUUCUUGUUUUCUCUCUGGCUGCUCUACCUCAUCAUGUCCACUCUCGAGGCCUAUGGCGUGAUCCAGGGCUUUUAAACCAAGGCCCAUGCGACACCAUUGCGAGACCAUUACGUCGGCCUAUCCACUGCGUAUAUCUUAGCUCUGGCGUCCGCCAAGGCGCGUGCUCAACGAAACUUCUAAUCGGAUACAAAAAGCGGAAUCGAGAUGACGGGUUUCGAGACGAUUUCGCGACGAACGAAAACUUGACUUUGCCGGGAUUCACAUAAGUACACUCCCGACCUGAGACAAUUAACAACGAACGUGAUUGUGUGACGUAUUCAAUGCGCGGUAUGUGUAUGUGUGUUUAUGUAUGUGUAAGUACCUGAUAGCUCGAGUGUGCUUACGAAUGAACGCGCCCGACGAAGAGAGGAGAGAGAAAAAGGUGAUCGAGGUAAGAACGGAUGAAGAAGGAGAACGCAAAAAAAGGGAGGAGAAAGUGUGUGCGUAUGAGAAAGUGAGUUUGCCUUAAAAUAAUCCAAAAAAGGAAAAGCGAAUAAGUGAGUUCUAGUCGCGCUGGAGUUCUCGGUGAGGAGAAUCCAGCGGAAUUAUCAAAGAAAAAAAAAGAAGAAACGUGGAGAAAUGUAGAUAUAGUACACAUAUGUAUGUACUGGUCAAGUCGCGGAUACAUAUGCAGUACGCAGUGUAUUUAUUUAAUUCUUGAGGGAAUACAGGUUUUUAUGGUAUUUUAGUAGCGAACAGCAUUGCAAUUCCUUCUUUGCCAGAAAACGACGCGUCGCUAAUUUUUUAUAUACACGUAUAUAUUACUGUAUCAUAUAUUCCUUUGUCAGGAUCGAUUUUUGCGAGAAAACCUCGCGAGAUCUCGCAGAAAGGAAAGAAGGAGAGUACGGAAGCGCCUGAGCGAAAGCGAGCGACAAUUGUUGAAGACAGUUGUGCAAUAUAUGAUCUUUAAAAAUCUCUCUCGGAGUUAUCAAUAUUUUAGGAGAUUAUUUCUAGCGUACUUUAUUAAGUUCGUGACUAUUUCAACAAGACUGGAGUGUUCGCAGCAUGCGAGUCAUUGAAAGUUAAUGAAAGCGCCAUUGGUCCAAUGUUGCACAAUUGCAUUCAACUUAUAGUAGAAAUCGAGAACAUAGUGCAUUUUUAUCGUCGCAGUAAUUGCAUAGUCACAAAUCGUACGUGGGAAUCGCACGCCCUACGCGUAAAUUACUAGUCGGAUUUGUCAGUUUCGCCAUGUGGGAUUUGCCCCUGAUUAAGGUCGGCAGGUCUCCUCAUCUCUCACUCGACGAAUAAAUGAAUAACUUGACUCGAGAGAAAAACUCGACAGGAGUAAUAAACACGAAUGAACUGCGUUUCAUUUUACGUGUAUUCACGUGCAAAAGAUCAAGAGAUAAGCUUCUCCAAAAUGACAAACUUGUAUCUCUAUUAACAAAAACUCAUUUCGGAAAGUUCCCUUUUUCGAUAUGAACGCCGUGUGGCAAGCGUUAAUAAAAGAAGUCUCGAUUUCAAGCCCGAUACAGAACGCGACAUUGGUAAUAAAAAGUAAUCCUAUUGAUGAUCCGUGAAUCUCUCUUGGCAUUCGCUGCGCAACACGGGAAAUCUAUAUUUCCUUGUUAAAAGAUUACGUUUUUGCAGGAACAUCAUAAAUUGUUCACACACAGGCAUUAACACAGGAAUAAAUGCUAGAAAAUCAAAUUUCUUCGAAACGUACAUCGACCGAACGUUGACAUUGAUGUAACGUCAUUUUACAGAAUGUUAAAAAUUGUAACGAGUAACAACUACUUUUAUUCAUGAAUCAACGAUUGAUUAAAUUCUUCGUCCGUUUUCUCUGCCGUGGAUUAUUGACUCUUGAAAAUUGCAAUUGAGAAUAUGCAUUAAUUAAUAGCGUGCUGUUUAUUGAAGCUCUCAAUGUAGUCGUUGAGGCAAUAGACGUUAUUUCCACAGCAUGCCGACACGAGCGCGUAAGAGACGCUUCAAGUCAAGUCCUAUAAAAUUACGUAAUGACAUCACUGCACUCUGGAACGUACAAACAUGCAAACGCAUGAGAUAAAACUUUCGGAACAGACCUCGUUCUCUGUAACUUUGCGAAGUCGAGCAACGCGAAACGUUUAAAAGACAUAAAAACAUAAAAGUCGUUCUGAUGGAAGUCCGCAAAAUGCGCGCAACACGUUCUGAUGUUCCGGAUGCUCUUUCGUGCGUAUUGUUCAGAAUUUCCUCGCUCAACCAUCUUCUCACGAACGCCACUGGAGGGAGAUUUCGAAAUCGUCAAUAAGGACAACGACGCGAAUUGUUAGCACGAAUUCGAUAGCGAUCUUGUCAGCAAGACUGCGCCAUUGAAUACCAACAGAAACAUAUUUACCAUUGUUAAGGAUAGUUAGAUAGCGCGCGACAAACGUUAAAUUAGACUCGCCCCGCGCGACCUGUGUCGCGGCCUUCGCUCGAAUGUAAAGCGCAUCCGUUUUCAAAAAUCACAACGCAAGGAAACACGUUCCUUCCUUUUUUCGGUCAUUGUGUACUCUAGCCCGAGGAUAUUUCGAUUUUUGCUUAAGCGAUUAUUCUUGUACGUGCCGGUCUGAUUUGUAACACUUUUCUAGAUAAAAAUUCAAAUAUUUUCUAGAUGAAAAUUCAAAUAUAUUUCGACGUUAUAAUACACAUUGAUCGGAAAAAGGUACGAUUCUUCGCGCGACGUUUUGAAGGAGGAGUGUCAAGUUCUCGUUGGUCUUCACUGCCUUUGACCGAGGGUCGCAGCCUGUGUGGGGCAACAGUCGCAUAACCAGUUAUAUGCAUCGGGCAGACUACGUCCUCAGACUCGUUUAGACGGACGGAUUGAUUUCCGAUACGGAUACUCGCUGCGAAAUUGCAUCUACUUUGUAUAAUUCGAGGAUACAGGUGCCAUCUGCGGUGACGUCUGCGAUCACAGUAUUGGAUUCUUUUUUUAAGUUUUCACGGUUGUUGUUGCAGUUGUAAUUUGUAAUACGAUUUAGGGUGAUUUCAGAAUACGUCUAAAUAAGGGCGGCCAUUCUUAGCGACGUGUUCCACGAAACGGAGAAACGAAGAAAUACCUCAUAUACGAACAUGAUUUAGAUAUUAUCGCUAACAUUUUGUAAUCGCAUUAGCCAGCUUUUGUAACGCUAGAGGAAGAGAUUGUUUAUCCUACCCACCCUUCUCCCUCAAUCCACCCCUUCAUUCCCCUUGUCAUAACAGAUCUCAAUCUCGCCUCUCGUGUUAUCUUGUAAAACGAUAUUACGAGGUGCUCUCGUUGCGGAAGACGUCACGUUAAAGGUGUCUCUACGUCUAAGAAACGGACUCGAUACGCGGACUGCUUAUACGUGCGUAAGCUCGUCGCAUCAUCGCGUUUGUUCCUGUCCGUAAUUGUGCCCGGUCUGAUCGACGAACGAGCAAACGACGACGUAUAUCAGCAGCUCCGCUGCUCGUUUUCGGAGCGCCGACGAGUGGCCGCAAACACGAGUCCAUCGGUCGACUGCACUAUAACGAUGAUUAGCAUUAAUUCCCUUCCUCCCUUCCCCCUCCUUCCUCUUCUCUUUGCUCCUCCAUUAAAUUAAUUCUGCUUUCUCGAUCUACCACUCUGUCUGCGUCCUAUAAAUGAGAAUAUAAAAACGCGAUCCAGAGGAGAGAUAGCGAACCGUUGUUCCGUAAUCUACUUAAUGAUCAUCGAUGUGAUUCUGCUCAUUUUUGCUCGCGAGAGAAGUCUCCUGUUCUCUCUUUCUCCUUUGCUUUCUUUUACCCUUUUUAUCCCUUUUUCUCGUUCUCUCUUUCUCUGUCUCUCUCUUUCUCUGUCUCUUUUCUUUCUUUCUCUUUUCUACAGUCAUGUUGUGAGAAUUACAUCAAAUGUGUAACAUAAUAUACGCGUGCACACAUUCUUUUUGCAAUAUAAAGACUAUCGCGUAUACAAAUCGACAUGAAGAUAUCGUAUUUACGUAUGCAAUAUGCGUAAGUAUUUCGACUAAUAAGUCACUGUUUUGUUUUGCGGAAUUAAGGUUGUAUGUUUCAUUGAUCGAAUAAAUGCUUAUACGUUAUGUUUAAUGUGUUUGCGUUAUUUCUUUGCGCUAUAAAGUUUAAUCAGAAUGAAUUUAUUUUGUAACGAACAUUGUUAGUUAUGUUUGGUAUGUAAAAAUCAGCUUGCAAAGUGUGAUAAUCUAGUUUUAUUUUUAUUUUAUGAGCAAAAUUAAUAGAUGUUUGCGGAAAUUAUUGUCAAUUAUCAAGUAUUGUACAUUUUAGAAAUUUUUCAUACGUGAGUGAUUAAAUAGGAAGCAACUUAUUUAUUUCAAAAAACGGAUACUUUUAUAGUUAAUUGUUUGUAAGUUCAGUGAUUUUAUAAUCUUUUUAUAAUCUAGUCUUAAUCCCAAUUUUUCUCUUUCUUUCCACAAAUAAACAAUAAAAAUUGAUUACCAUUACUUUUAGCUUUACACUUUUUACUGUAAUAUUGUAUAUUUUCCCUUCAUAUUUAUAAUUUGUAUAUGUUUAUCAUUAUUCUAGCAUAUCUUCAUUUUAGCAUAGAGAGAAUGUAGAUGUGGAGAAGAUGAGAAAGAGAGAGACAUGGAAUGAAAAGGAGAAAGUGAUAACAUGCUUUAUUUAAUAAUUUACAUGAGCGCACGCGCGUGCAGGAAUAAUAGAUUUAACUGCAAAGAAAAUAAUCUCCAAUAUUGACUCAUAAAAUAAACAAUGAUAUGUAUUGAUCAUGAUUUUUAGUAUGCUUUUGAUUCUUUUCACUAAGAGUGGAACUCGCCAUCUUUGCGUUUAGAUCUAUCAGAUUUCAGAAUUAAUCUGAAGAUGUUUCUGACUACGGCGAUGGGCAGGUGCAAAAAUCUAAAUGCUUGUAAAAAAAGGAAAAAAAUUUCAGAACAACAGGCGCAUAGAUAUUUUAUUAAUCCAAGUUUGCGAUAUAGUUGUACCAUGUAAGUACGUAUACAUACAGUACGUAUACAGUAAGGUGUAUACACAGAGACACUCAAUAGCAAAGCGUUGAAGUGAUAAAACCGUAAACGGGAUCCUGAGCGUCUUCGAACCUUCGUCGCUCGAUUGCUCAACUGAUCGAACGCUGUUUAUGUGGAAAAAAAAGAAGCACCGGCGGAAAGCAAUCAUAUUGAUGUACGGGACGAAUUCAUGUGGACGCAAAUACGGUCCAUGAAGUUGGAGAAAAAAAAGGAGGAAAAAGCAUGCGAAAAGCGUCAGUGGCCCAUCCGUCGUUUUAAUCUCUUUGUAUCCCGCUGGGGAACUGUCGAGCGAUUCCACCGUUACCACGAUAAGCGACUCGAAACGAUUUAGGAAUGGACAUACUCCGAUCUUAUUAGCUCCUUUUUAUUAGUUUGCGUUAACACGUUACGAACGUGGAUAUUGGACGAUCUCAGCGGAUCUGAUUUCGAGAAGGACGUUCGACGUGACGUUUCGAUUCUGCGAUUUUAUGUACGUACCAAAUUAAGGUAUCGUGGCCGGUAUAAGUCAUCUGCGGAGAACAGACGGAGGCUAGUGAAAAUGAUUAAUCAAACGAAAUCAAAAGUGCUACGAGUACCUCAGCGUUCAUUCAUGUUGCAGCGUCGUCGACGAGAAUUCACAGUGACGUGCGAUCUCUCUAUUUCUGUCUAUACUUCUCUAUCUUCCUCUACAUUUUCGCCUUCAACACUUUAUACCUAAUAAUCCAUUUACUCGAUUUUCUAUACUCCUGUCUACUUCUCUAGCAUUUCUCUCUUUCUCUCCUGCUCUUCUGUCUUUGUCUCUCUUUCUCUUGUUCCUUCUCUCUUUUCUAUUUCUCUCCUUUCGUUUCUCUUUCCCUCUUUCUCCAUUUUCAAGUACUUACUUCAAUCGAAGGAUUUAGAACAAGAGAUUCUAUUAUUUGUAAGAUACACAAAAGUUGAUGAAACUUUGUGUUUAACAAAGGAAUUUAAAUUAUAUGAAAAAAGAUUAUAUAUAUAAACUCAUAAAAACAUAAAAAAGAUAAUGAAAAAUGUAAGCUAGGGCAGAUCUUUUAAAAGUUACGCAUUCGAUAUUCGCGACAAUUCCUCGCAAAAUGCGCGGGAAUAACUCUGUCGCUCGCCGCUACUGAACAAUGCUGAUUGAUUGAGGUCAGAUUCUUUAUAUAUGCUGUACAGAACGUUCGGGAAUUAAAUAAUCAGCACGAGUAAAGUUACAUUUCAUAGAAUUGCUUCUCACUAAAAGAUUAUGUGAGUCUUAUCUUAUCGAGCUAAAUUAGUUCGCUGGUCGAAAAUCAGAUAUACAUAUACAUGUAUAAACGUCAUUGAGGAAACUGUGAAAUAGGUUGCAUCUGUUCUAUUUAUUACAUAUUCUCUCGUAUGCGUAUCGUGAUAUUCAGAGAUACGAAAAGAUAAAAAUAUAGCUUCCGUCAUUUUGACAGAUGCAAUUCCGGAUAACGGACGAAUUGAAAUAAAUGUAAUAAUCUCAUUCAUAUUCAACGUACAGAUUAAAGAUGAUGCAAUUUUCAAUGUAAUUAGUACGGGUAAAGACUUUUGUUAAAAAACUGUAUAGAGUCUGUUAUUGAUCUGUUAUAAAAUGGAGAAUUUAUCGAAGGAAAUCAAAAAAGCUCUCUCUUUCUAUCUUUUUCCUUUUUGUUCCCCUUCUUCAGAAAAGUAUAAACAGCAACAGAAUCAGAUUAUAAAAUAAAAUACAUUAUAUAAAGAAGAAAAUAGAUAAAAUAUUCUACUAAAUAAUUAUCAAAAUGGAUAAUCAAAAGAAAAAGCGAAACUUAAAACUUGACUUAUCAAACUAUCAUUGCUAUGUUUAUAUAUUUCCGUUAUUUUUAAUAUUUGAUAUUUGAUUAAAAUUAAAAAUUGAAAUUGAAAUUGAAAUUAUUUUAUUGAAAACAAGAAAAAAGACACGAAUGAACGUAAUGGAAAUUGGAAGUUGGUUAAUGUUUUCACAUUACUUUUUUCAUAUCAACAUGAAAGUAUAGAAAUACUAGUCAAAAAUAAAGAUAAUGAAAAAUUAAGAAUUUACGACAUUAUACUUUACGACAAUUAUUACAAGAAUACUACAAUACUAGUUACAAAGAAAAAA